AAAGAGAACUGCGAGAGCUCCUGAUGUUGCGAGAGUGUGUGGUGCAUCUUAUGUUUCAAUAAACAAUUGAAAACUCCUGGAAAUACAUCGCUUCUACGGCUCGUGAAGAUGAUGCGAAGGGCGAAAACGACAAAGGUGUACACAGAGGUGCCAUCAGAUGAUGAAGAGGAAAACCCGCAAGGGGAUGCAGAAGACGGUAGUGACGACACAGCUGACGAUUCAUGGAACCCAGAGCCAAAUGUGUCAAAGAAAAAAUCAGUGGCCAGGAAACCGGCAAAGCCCAAGGUACCCAAACCCCCAAAAGAACCCAAACCCCCUAAAGAACCCAAACCUAAAAAGGAACCUAAACCAAAGAGGGAGCCCAAACCAAAAGCAGAGAGGAAGCCCAGAGCUCCCAGGGUCCCCAAAGGAAAGGCAAAGGAACCCCCAGCAGUCGCUUCAGCUGCAGAACCAGAGACACAGGUGCCAGGUGCAGCCGAGGAUGGAGUUGGAGCCAGUUCUGAAAGAGAUGGGCUACUGGACCCUUUUAGGGUCAAAGAAGAGAGACUGUCCUUUCCAAUGCCCAAUAGCUGCCUACCUAGUGGGAGUAACAUCACCUCCUCAUCGGGCCUGAUGAAGAAGGAGGAGCCUGAGGAUGACUUCACUUUCGAGGAGCCAGCUGCCAAGAAGCAGAGGACCUCCACUGACUCCCAGGGCCGGCCAGUCAGGCAGCCCAGAUCGGUGGACAUUUUUGGGGAGGGCCAGCACAUGAACUGGGACCCCAUUCAGGUGCUAGCUCAGAGGACAGGUGUGGAGCAGUGGGUAUGUGGUAACAUAGCUCGGCUGCUGCGUGAGGAGAACACCAUCCCGUUCCUGGUGCGCUACCGUAAGGAGAUGAUCAACUACAUGGACGCCGACACACUCCGAGAAGUGCAGCUGGCGCUGGAGGAGCUAUGCGGCCUGGCAAAGAAGUGCCAGUCUGUGAUCCAGACACUGAAGAAAGAUGGUGUUCUGACGUCCGAGUUGGAGGGUUCUUUGAAGAACUGCAGAACACCUGAUGAGCUAGACCACGUGUACUCCCCCUAUAAGAAAGGCAGCAAGCUGUCCAAGGCGCGGAGGGCCAAGGAGCUGGGGCUGGAGCCAGCAGCAUUGACUCUGCUGCAGAGCCCACAGACCCUCAACCUGCAUGCAUACGUCAAGCCCGGCACUGAGGGCUUGUCCACCUAUGAGGAGGUUGCUACAGGUGUGGAACAGAUAUUGGCAGACAAGAUUGCCAAAGACACAGACACGCUCAACCAAAUGCGCUCAAUGUGUGACAAUAGUCCUGUGCUGCUGCAGUCCUCUGUGUCCAAGACGGCCCUGAAGGAGAAGGAACAACAGCAGCAGCAUCAGCAGCAGCAUCAGAAGGGUGCGGACCACAAGAACAAAGGCAAAGACAUUGACAAGUUCCAGCUCUACAGCAACUUCUCAUGUAACAUCCACCGAGUACAGUCCCACCAGACUCUGGCCAUUAACCGCGGGGAGAAUUUGAAAAUCCUGACAGUGAAGGUCACCAUCCCAGACCGCAUCAAGACCGACUUCAGCAGGUGGUGUGUCAACGUCAGGUGGAGACCUCAGGGAUUUGCUCGACCGGAACUGAUGAAGGUCCUGCAUGAUGCGGUGGAGGACUCAUACAAGAGGCUGAUAGUACCGCUUAUCUCAAGAGGAUACAGGAGCAAGUUGACCACGGCGGCAGAGAAGGAGUCGGUGGCCAUGUUUGUGCGUAAUCUGCGGCGCUGUCUCCUGACGUGCCCAGUGCGGGGCAGACCAAUCAUGGGAGUCGACCCCGGCUACCGCCACGGCUGCAAGCUGGCCAUACUAUCAUCAGUCGGUCAGAUAUUGCAUACAGAUGUGGUGUAUCUCCACAGUUCAGGAGCGAAAAACAACGAAGCCGGCAAGCUACGCCACCUAAUGCUCAAAUACAGCUGUCAGACGGUUGUCAUCGGUAAUGGCACAGCCUGUCGGGAGACGGAGGCAUUUUUUGCCGACCUGAUCAAGCAGCGCUUCUUCCAGCCCCUAGACGUCUCCUACUGUAUCACCAAUGAGGCUGGGGCCUCCAUCUACAGUGUGAGUGCAGAGGCCGUCAAGGAGAUGCCAGAUCUGGACCCCAACAUCAGGAGUGCAGUGUCCAUUGGGAGGCGAGUGCAGGACCCGCUGGCAGAGCUGGUGAAAAUUGAUCCCAAGCACAUCGGCAUCGGAACUUACCAGCACGACGUGUCCCAGCCACUGCUGCGGGCUGGCCUGGACGGGACGGUUCAGGAGUGUGUGAGCUUCGUGGGAGUGGACAUCAACUGCUGCUCCGAGACGCUCAUGAGGCACGUGGCGGGUCUGAAUGCGGGUCGUGCGAAGAGCAUUGUUGAGUGGCGGGAGAAGUUUGGGCCUUUCCAGAACCGCCAGCAGCUGACGCAAGUGAAGGGACUGGGGCCCAAGAGUUACCAGCAGUGCGCAGGAUUCAUACGCAUCAACCCAGAGACUGCUGUCAAGCAACACAGUGAAGGGGGCCCAUCUGCCGAUAAGCCCGUGGCAAAGAAGGGGAAAGGCAAAGCCAGCCAGCCAAUCAGUGAUCAGCUUAACCCUUUGGACCAGACCUGCAUUCAUCCAGAGUCAUACGACAUUGCCAUGAAGUUUUUGUCUGUGGUUGGGGGUAGUGUGUCCCAGCUGGGGCAGGUGGAGCUGAGGCAGCGUGUGGAGGGGUGUGUGAGGGAGCGAGGGCUGGAGACGCUGGCCAAGAGCCUGGACACCACACCAGACACCCUCCAGCUCAUCGUGGACGGACUCACCCAGCCACCUGGCUUCGACUUCAGACAAGACUUCGGCCAGCCGGACUUCAAGCGCGGCAUCGUGUCGAUGAGCGACCUGCAUGCCGGUGCGGUCCUGACGGGCCGGGUCUCCAACAUGGCUCUGUUCGGGGCCUUCGUGGACGUGGGCGUGGGCCAGAACGGGCUCAUCCCCAACCGAUACCUGUCGGCCGCCAAGCUGCCAGAGGACCAGCGCCGCCGCAGCCUCGCCCUGGGGCCUGGUGAACGCGUGGAGGUCAAGGUCCUCGAAGUGGACCACCAUCGCAGGCGCAUCACACUCGACUUGCUACGGGUGCUCAGAUAGAGACUCCGCGGACAGGGCAGGGUAGGACAGCUGACAGGCGGAGACAAACAGGUCAUUAGGCCCAGGCCCAAGGACUGAGGGGGCCAAGAAUUGCGUCCUCUGUUAUGUUGUGUGUGUUGGGUUGGAGGGCCCUUUCAGAUAACUUUGUCCUAGGCCUGGCCAAAGCUGCCAGGGGCCAGGCAUUUGGAUUCCCUUUUUUUGUUCCCAGUGAUUAGACAUUCUAUGUAUACAGCACAUGUAGCACAUCAACUAUCAACUAUCGAUUUUUCAACAGGAAAAAAACACUUUCUUUUUUGGAAUUGGAAUUUGGAGAUACGCCCACUCAAUAUUAUGUACAACACUGAUAUCAAGGGAGUGUUUUUUGUUUUUGUUUCAAAUAUUAUUACUCUUGGCAAUUAAAGCAAAAACAAUCCAAAUUGGCAGUUGGAAAUGCUUAGAACACAUUACCUGAAUAGAACUGAACCCUAGCAUCCAUUCUAAUAUACAGCCAUUGUGUGUUCAUGUCUUCUAAAAAUCACAUCAAAAGUCUGUCCAGAAGACAGCAAAGUGGAUACAUUCAGACUGUUUCCGUCAUCAUAAUUAUAGAUCCCUAGAAUCAAACUAGGAACUUUUCCCAGGAUUGUGCUGGGAAGUCAAGGAAGUGGAAGAACAUGAAGUCCACCUCUCAGGGAGGUUUGUGUUUCUCGGGCAGGUGUGUGUGCAGUGAUGCAUCAACUGCUACAGGGAAAAAAAGAGUGCUUUGAGUUUUCCAUCUUUCACCUAUAUGAUGAACAAGCUUUUGUGUUUACCGGAGUUUGGACCUGGUUACUGGACUUGUUUAGUACAUUUGUUUAGUUUUGUAGACGUGUUUAGUGGACUUAGCAGUGAGAGGAGAUACUCCCUGUUGCCUUUUGUGUAUGGACCCAAAACCUCACUGAGGUGCUGAAGAUUCUGACCAACCCCUGUCUUCAGCACCAUGAGUGCAAUGUGGUUUUGGGUGCCGCAUUUUCAUUUCUUUUGUCAACACGUGUUUACCCAUAUACCAGUUGAGGACCAACUGGUUGCUGCUGCUAUCGCAGGAAUCAAGCAGGACCAAUUUCAAGACUGUCACGAUAUACGUAGCUAUAUUUGCACUGUUUCAUUGAUGUUGAAUAUUCUGAUUUUGUCUGGAAUAAUUGAACUCCUGUAAAUAAAUAAUGAAAUAAUGUCC